GAUGCAGGAUGAUGAUGAUGAUGAUGGCAGCUGACAGCAGUGACGGUGCGGCUUCUUGUGCUUGUAAAGGCAUCCGGCGGUGUCUCAUAUGUGAAAACUUUAAGGCGAAAGUCCAGCUGGAGGCGACAGAAUCAAAGAUUGUGCAUCAUUUCGUCUACAAUCCUGAAUCGAGGCUUGCUGUUUCUGAAGAUGGUUCUCCCGACUCCUUCUCCUUCCCCGGUGUCUUUCUGUGGGAGGAUUUCAUAUCAGAGAAGGAGGAGAAGGAGCUGAUAAACACGAUGGACCAGGAUCAGUGGAAUCAGUCCCAGUCUGGUCGAAGGAAACAGGACUUUGGGCCUAAAGUAAACUUCAAGAAAAGGAAAGUACGCGUCAGCACCUUCAGUGGACUUCCUGCUUCGAGCCAGAAGCUGGUCCUCCGGAUGCAACGGGAGCCGACCCUCGCAGGCUUCCAGCCGGUGGAGCAGUGCAACCUGGACUAUCAUCCUGAGCGGGGCUCGGCCAUCGACCCCCACCUGGACGACUCGUGGCUGUGGGGGGAACGACUGGUCACCGUCAACAUGAUGUCCAACACCACGCUCACCAUGUCUCUGGAGGACGUCCACGUAGCGGUACGCCUUCCUCGCAGGAGUUUGGUGGUGAUACACGGAGAAGCGCGUCACCGAUGGAAACACGCCAUCCACAGGGAGGACGUUCACCAGCGCAGAGUGUGCAGCACCUACAGGGAGCUUUCUGCAGAGUUCCUACCUGGAGGGCAGCAGGCGGAGCUCGGAGCUCAGCUGCUGGAUAUUGCUUUGAGCUUCAGAGGAACUCCAAUAUAAUCACACAAGAGCCGGGAGUCUAGAUCACCUGGACACGUCUUGAACUGUGAAGAUGUGUCUGUUGGAGGACUGAAGGCUUCUAUGCAGGGACUGUACCGCCUCCUCAGGAUGUGUGUGCAACGAUAGUCAGAAAUCUGUACCUUAAGUAGCACUGUGAGGUUCUGUAUUGUCCUAAAUUACAUCAAACUGAAAUUAUGCAUUGAAUAAUAGACGGGGGCACUGUGAAGCAAGAGUAACGGCUUCAUGAGGCAUUUAAAGUUUUCAGUGUUACAAAUGUGCCCUCAACUUGCUAGAUCACCAUGGUAACUGAUGCUGUAGAACUAGAUCUCCAUGGUAACUGAUGUUGUGGAACUAGAUCACCAUGGUAACUGAUGCUGUGGCACUAGAUCACCAUGGUAACUGAUGCUGUGGCACUAGAGCACCAUGGUAACUGAUGCUGUGGAACUAGAUCUCCAUGGUAACUGAUGUUGUGGAACUAGAUCACCAUGGUAACUGAUGCUGUGGCACUAGAGCACCAUGGUAACUGAUGCUAUGGCACUAGAGCACCAUGGUAACUGAUGCUAUGCCACUAGAGCACCAUGGUAACUGAUGCUAUGGCACUAGAGCACCAUGGUAAUGGAUGUUGUGGAACUAGAUCACCAUGGUAACUGAUGCCGUGGAGCUAUAUCUCCAUAGUAACUGAUGCUGUGGAGCUAGAUCUCCAUGGUAACUGAUGCUGUGGUGCUAGAGCACCAUGGUAACAGAUGCUGGGGAGCUAUAUCUCCAUGGUAACUGAUGCUGUGGAGCUAGAUCUCCAUGGUAACUGAUGCUGUGGAGCUAGAUCUCCCUGGUAACUGAUGCUGCAACGCUAACCAGAGCUCUGAACUACGAAGCCAGUUCAGCAUAUCCAGGCUUUCUUUGUGUGACUCCGCUCGACACAAACUAAAACCUCAGUCAGAGUUACCAGGUAGCAUUAAGGUUUUUGUCAACUUUCUCCGUCAACCCAGACUUUCUGCUUCACAUAAAAACAGGAGUUUAACUCGUGUGACUCUUCUGCUCAAAAUGAACGAUGGUGUUCAGCUGCUUCAGUCAACAGGUUGUUUUAGUGGAGAACAAUGAGGAAAAUAAAAAUUUAUGACGGUAAAAAGCUGCUACUGCAAAUGAUACAAGACAGGAAUGAUGGUAGAAAACUGUUAAAUGUGUGUUAAUAUAUUUAUUUUAGCAAUCAAUGCAUCUGAUUAUUUCUAACGGACAGCUGCACAAUAAAACUUUAAACUUCAUAUAUUCAAACAUGAUGUUGUGUUGAAGUGCAUGUAGGUCUGACACUGUCUCAUAAUGAAGGAAAUCACUUUAAUUUGUGGCCAAAUCAAAGUGAAACUAAUGUUAAAAUUGAAUAUUCUCUGUAAUAAAUGCCAAUAGAAUAAUCUGUUUUCUAAUCUGUGUUUCUAAUCAUAUGAAUAAAAACAUACUCAUGCGAUUUCUGCAUCACCAACUAAAUAAAUGUUGGAUUUCCAUGGCAACACGAUGCAUUAAGUGUGAGAUGCUGUAACUUAACGGCUUCCUUCAGUGGUUUUAGUUACGUACAGAUCAACAUGUUUGCAGAUAAAACAUUUUCCUUCAGCUGAGAAUCUGUAUCGCUCGAAAAUUUUUGUGAGGAAACGAUUUAGUUAAAGGAAGACGCUUCUUACAGCCGAUUUAAAUCUAAACUCUGAACAGAAUCUGCUCCACAGCAUCAGUUACCAUGGCGAUCUGGCAGGUUGAACCUUUGUGAUACUGAAAACUACACGCUAACCUGCUAAUCUCACUUCGUAGUUCAGAACUCUGCUCCAGAUGUGGUUCUGGUUAGAGUUUGGUGUUGAAAUCGUCUGUAGGAAUCGUCUCUCUUUCAUCGAUUCUUUUCCUGACCUUGUUCUCUCUGAUAGGCUCAGAUUCUCAGCAGAAGUUCUAUCUGCAAACCUGUUGAGCUGUACGUUAGUGAUACAACUGAAUGAAGCUGUGCAGUUACAGCAGGCAAACUUCACUUCAGUGGGUGAUGCUGAAAACGUGUAAAUAUUAUUUACUGCAGACAGAUUAGAAAACUGAUUAGUAUUUAUCACAGAGAAUUUUCAAUCAGUAACAAUUUCACUUUGAUUUAAGGCAAAAACUGAAAUAAUUUUCACAUGUUCUGUAUUAUGGGACAGUAUCAGACCUGCUAGUAAAUGCAGUUCUUCAGUGUUUAUGUUUAAAUGUAUGAAGCUUCAAGUAUAAGAACUCUAAUCUGGAAUUGUCACAUUAUUGUUCAACAUUAAUAUAUUCACCCACAGGAUCAACUACAGUGGCGGAAAACAGUUUUUGGACACCCCAUGUAUUUGUGAAAUAUCAUUCUUUGGUCUUCAAGUGUAAUUUCUUUUAGGACAGUCAAAGCCAAAAUAUUAAACAAAUCCUUAAAAAAAGACAUUGAAAACUUAGAAUUGAUUGGUUCCAUAAAAAUACAGAAGAAAUUUUGAGUAUUGGGUCGUUUUGGUUCCAGUGAUCCACCACUGAAAAUCAAGUUUUGAUUAAAAGACACAAUUUUUGUUGCUGUGCUUCGUGUCUAUAUAAAGCUAACACAUCUGAAAGUUCUUCAGAGACAAAAAAUGGCUAAAACAAGAACAAAACAACAAAAGUUUAGAAGAAUUAAAAGCAGUAAUUCAAGAAGAAUGGGACAAGAUCACCCCUCAACAUUGUGAAAGGCUGGUGGGGAACAUCCAGCCAGGAUUAGAGCUCUACUGCUGCUAAUGGCAGGACUAAUAAAUAUUAAUUUGAUGAUGUGAUGGUUUAUUUAUUUUUUGUUAAGCUUUGAACACAUUCUCUGUUAUUUGUUGGCUUUGAUACCGACAAUGUUGAGAACUGACAUCUUGAAACUGUCAAGAAUUUAAUUUUGUUAAUAUUUCUUGUAAACAACAAAAAAAAUAUCAUUUGUGUGUAUUUGUUUGUGUCUGUCUAAUGCAGCCACAUCUUUUGAAACACAAAAAAAGAUUUUUCCACAAAUACUUCAUAAUAAUAUUUGAGAUUGUGUCAAAUUUUCAAGGGUGUCCAAAACCAUUUUUCCUCCCAGCAUUCCUCUCUUGCAUCAUUUGCAGCAACAUGUGUAACGGCCAAAGAUGUUUUAUCUUAAUAAACUUUUAAUAUUCAUCAUAGAUUUAUAUUAUAACAACAUGCUUCUCUUGACUGAAGCAGCCGGCAUGACAUUGGUCCAGUUUAUACAGAAGAAAAGGUUAAAAAAAAAAUGCAUUUAAUAAACAAUUUUUAAGUGAACACGCAAACCUGCGCUGUAGUUCCCUCCUCACUCAUGUUAGCAUUUAGCAUUAGCAUAUUAACAUCUGUGCUCUUUGGGUUUUAUUCAUUCUUUGGACCUGUGAUAAAGAGAUGAAGUUAAUUUAGCCAAAAGAUAUCCUCUUAUCUGGUGUUAUAAUAAUAAUAGUGAUGGUCCUAAGGUCGCCAGCUUAUUAACACAGGAGAAUAAAUCUGUCUAUGAUUGGGGUUUAACCUCUCUGACGACUGGUGAAUGUGAUGGCAAAUACUUUUUAAAAAUUCUAAUUAAACCGUUGAGUGAACCUGAUACCAGCUAUGUGAUUAGAAUAAUUCAAAACUGUACCUUAAACUGCACUGUGUUUCUGUCUAAAGAGUUUAUUAUUAUAUUAUUACUUGUGCAAAAUCCUCAACAAAACUGUGAAUGGAAACAUAAAUGUCUAUCAAGUAUAAUUGUAUAAAUUUUGUGAUUAAAGUUUUCUGUAUUUUUAAAAUUUUCUGCCUGGUGUUUCUUAUAAAUGCUUGUAUUAUUAUUGAUACCAACAAAGACAUGAAUGUGACGCCCCAAAAAGAUGCUAUUUAUUAUAUUUUUACAACAAUAUGGUGGUUAUCAGCCUUUUAAACUAAUUAAUGAAGCCUAAAAAGCACAAAAAGACACUAAAGUGAGUCAACAAUGAAUGUUUUAACUGCUUUUGUUUGUUUACUGAACACCAGUUUGUCCAGUUCCUCAAUUUUUUUAGUUUUUCUCUCGUACACGUCCUGAAAAACAAGCAGAAUCAGGCCUGCAGGCUCCAAACCAGCUGCUCCUAAAGCAGUUUAAAAAAAAAAAAAUGUAAAUCUCAACUGUUUGUAAUAAAGCAGAAAAAACAACA